AUGAUUAAAAACCUCAAAAAAGAGUUUAAGAGGACACAAGAGAAAGUUAGCAUUGGAGUUAUCUCUCCAUAUAAUGCUCAAGUCUAUGCAAUCCAGGACAAAAUUAAGGAGUACACUUCUGUUUCUGAUACUGAUUUCUCUGUGAGCGUUCGUUCUAUUGACGAUUUUCAAGGUGGAGAGGAAGAUAUUAUAAUAAUGUCUACUGUUAGAUCAAAUGGGAGUGGAAAAGUCGGUUUUCUUUCAAAUCGGCAAAGAACCAAUGUGGCCAUGACUAGAGCAAGAUCUUCAAAAGUCAAAGGAAAUGGAUGCAACCAAGUCAAUCAAUGGUGA